CGCAAGUACUGAUGUACACAACAUCAGCGCCAGUCUUACCCCUCCGUYGCACGUACGUGUGUUCUUCUGGCGUCACUGUAAUUUUAAUUCGGUUUUCGUUUGUUUUCGCUCAUCUGGAUAAAAUAAUAAUGUUUAUAAUAUUAUAUAUAUAAAGCACGUAUUUCUAUUUUUUUGUGUUUAUCAGUGGUUUAAACGUAUUGCUUUUUAGUUUGUUUAUUCGUCGCGAAAAAGUGCGUUUGUGGCUUGUGGGUGCCCAACGAUGUUUUGUUAUUCUUCACAACGUUAUUUAAUAACAUAAUAAUUAUAUUAUCACAAUAAUUGUGAUAAUAUUUUAAGUUGAAAAUUUAAAAUUGAAUUACAUAUYACCGUGUGACUGUGCUACGAGUGCCUCCUAAACAUAUAAAUAAUAAUUUUAUACAAUCUGUAUUUUCUAAUAAUGCGUUACGUGCUUCGUAGUGGUGUCAGAUUGGAAAUCCGAUAGGUACUUGGUCAGCUGUAACUUAAAAGAAAUCCACGAAAAUUGAUCAAAAAUUUUGAUGAGUGUCAAAAGUCAUGCAGAAAAUCAAAGGGAUAUGUUUGGAACAUCCGUCAUGCGUCGGUCAUACUCUACCAUAUCAUCUGUGCAGUAAUGGUAGCUGCGGCAGCAUAUUCGGACAAGGAAAAGCCUCCAUGAAUAAUCUGAAAAAUGCCUCGCUCUGCCUUUACGCACUUUAUGUCGGUCAUCUGAUACGGCAUGACGACCGAAUCAACCGACCAGCCACUGCAAUCUGCUGGGCCCUUGUUCACAGACCCAACAGCCCGAUAUCGGUGCGCGUCUAAUGUUCCAUCUUGUAGUCAUGGCGUCGUCGCUCGACCGGCGACUGCCGCUAACAUGAACCAAGUGCCGAAAGGUUACUGUUACUCAACGGAUAAUAAUCUAAUUGUUAACAGUGAGUGUGAUAAAAGUUAUCACUGUCCUAACUCAACUGCAGUUGUCACUUUGACAAAUAACAUUGUUUCAACCCCAGCAUCUUUUGUGUCUUCAAUUACUGUACCAGCAGGAUGGAGACGACUUCAUAAUAAAGGAGUCAUAAAUUAUAUAAGUCCUAGCAACGCAGUUCUAAAUUCGUUGGAUCAAGCUAAAAUAUAUUUGCAAACUCAGGGUACAUGCAAAUGUGGACUUGAAUGUCCUUUUCAGUGUGAACACGUCUUUAAUUUCGAUGCAAAGGUAAUGAAAAAUAUAUACAUACAUACCAAUUUUUGA